AUGCAAUGGCCUGCUUUCAUCCACGUGCUCGAUAGCCUCCGAGCCAAUCCAUCUACGCCGGAUGCCGAGAAAGCGUGGAGGCUGAUUGCGAACACGUUCGAGAAUAAUAUGAGCAUGUUUUCCGACUCGAGAAAGCCCAUCCACAGAGCCGUGCGCAGUCUCUGUCUGAAGGCAUACGAUGCUCACAGGCUGCAGCGCAAUGGUAUUUAUGCUCUCCAGACGCCGGCGUUUAUUUUGAAGUUACGGCAGCGACAAGAGAAGGUGAAGAUCAAAAGACAAGCCUACUCUAGGAAAGCCGAGGAUGCGUUCCAGUGGGACCCCAUCAGCUCAGAGGCCACUACCGCAUCGACAGGUCUUAAGCACGGCACGAUAUCCAACCAGGAAGACGCUGCGGAACACGUGGAUGCUGAUAGUCAAAAUCAACGAUUCGAGCAUGCCAAUGAGCACGGCGGCGAAGCUGAAUAUACCUAUGCUAUAGAAGACAUAGACCUGGAUUCUCUGGUGGCUGGGGACGUCGGCGCAGAUAACAGAGCGUAUCAAACUAUCGACUGGGAGCAAUGGGAUCUUUUCCUCGCCGAUUCCAAAAUCAAUUGA